AUGCCGUCCAAUCGGAACCGCUCACCGUCUUGGGUUUUCAAUCGUUAUUGUGCUUACGUACUCUCUUCGUCCUCUCUUUUCAGCCAGCCCGCCUCAAAACAGUUCAGUGCAGAAACGACUAGAAUUAGCGGACCCGCGUGCAAAAGUAUAAUAUAUGCCAAAAGAGUAGACUUCCAAGGGGGAAAAAUGUAUACAUCUGCGAAAAAUUCUUCAGAUUGUUCGGUAUUCAUGGCCGACGAGCGACGUAUAUAUACUAACCAUUCGGAAAAAUCGGGCGAAACACUCCUCCGACACCAUCCUCACCCCCAAUUCGAUGAACUGACAGUGUUGUAA